CAACUUUAUACAUUUUUCCUAUAUUAUUGCAAUUUGCAAUUAGAUUAUCAAAAACCACAAACAAAUAGCAAUAAUUAACUGCAAAACGAAGAAGAAGAUGACAGUAAAAUCAAGUACGACGGUCGUUAAUGGCAGAGGAUUUGGAUUGUCAGUUUUGUUAUUACUAGUAAUAAUAAAUGAAGUGAACGCUUCAAAUUCAGCUUCCGCUCUGGUACUAAACCUAAUCAACUCCCAAACUAUUGUCAUCUUCUCCAAAUCCUAUUGCCCGUAUUGCUUGCGUGCCAAGCGUAUAUUCAGUGAACUACAGAAGAAACCUUAUGUUGUAGAGCUGGAUCUUCGAGAUGACGGGUCUCAAAUUCAGUAUGUUCUUCUGGACCUGUUUGGCAAACGCACUGUCCCCCAAGUGUUUGUGAAUGGCAAGCAUAUUGGUGGUUCUGACGAUCUUAGAGCUGCUGUCCAGAGCGGGCAACUGCAGAAACUUCUGGCUACAAGUUGAUGGAUAUGUGGAUAGUUAAGUAACAACUCCUGAACUGAAGUUGCACAUGGCUUUCUUGAAAAUCAGUGGAGUCACCACCGGUUGAUGAGCUGAUGCUAUUCUCUACAUUAUUUGGAAGAAGCUGCAAAUGUUUGUGGUCGCCAGUCACCUUUUUGUGCGCUGAGCAGACCUUCUUGGUCUUUGGAAAAAGUUAAAUGAACCUCCCAUCGCAUAGACUUCAACAGGAGCAAGUUUGCAUCUGCAAAACAAAUCCAUUGUUUAUCAAGCUUCAAAAAAGCUUGGAGAAUAAAUGAUCAGCAUGGAGGAGGUCAUAAGUACGAGGAUAAGUGCUGAAUGACUCGCACCAAUCAUGGUAUAUCCCGAACAGACCUCGUUCGUAUAUUAUAGGAAGCGUAUCUGGGGAAUCGAUGUUCACUACAUUUAACACCCAUACUUUAAGGUCUUUUAGAGCUGCUGCAAACCUGGAUGCAUGAAGAUUUAGUUUUUUCAUUACAGAUAUGUAUUUUAUAAUCUUAAGAGUAACAGAACAUUAGUAGGUUAAUGACUAGCCUUACCCGCCAUAAACAGCUCUCAUGUCCAUAACAUUUCUUACAUUGGACCAACUGAUUCCUAAUCCCUUUAAAUAUGAUGAGCGUAUCACGUGUUUCCAAUGUUCAUAAUCCGUGGUGAAGUCCUGAGGUGCUGGUUUGCCGUAAAUCCCCAUUUGAGAACUGUUAAUCCAGUAUGGAGGGGUCUGUAUCCUGUUCGGCCAAUCCUCUGGCCAUCUAGUCCCUCUUUCAUUUUCGUCAACUGGCACCCGAUGCAUGCAUGACUGCAAAGGGACAUACCUGAAAAGAUAAAAUUGCAGAACGACUUCAAUAUUUGAAGUGCUGUUGAGAAAUUAAGAGUCCUACUCCUAAUAGCUAUUCAAACCAUGUCAAGCUGCUAAGCCCACACAGACAUAGUGAUAAAACAUACCAGGCGGCAUUUGGAUCAUCAUCACCCUUACACAUUGGUGGAGUAUUUUUCUUUCUUUGAUCAUAGCAAUCAUUGGAUAGAGGUUUGCGGUAGAUGGCAGCACCGACAGAGUUGAGUUUGUCCUUUUUGAUUGUAAUGAGCUCCCAGCACAUGGAUACCGUCAGUGCAGACAUCGCUAGAAAGGUUAUACUAAAAAGUCAGCUGAACCAAGUUCGAAAUAAGUAUUGUCAUUGGCAUCUUAGAACAGGAGCUCAGUUUGGUUCUUUAAUUCUGUCUACAUUCACUCAUGCCAUGGAGGUAGAAUAUUGUGAAAAGUAAAGCAGAUUUGUAACCUUACCUUGCCAUAUCUCCACAUCUUCUUGGAGCUUUUGGUACACAGGUGUGGCUGACCAAACAAAAUAUCCCCCAGGUCGUAGGACGCGAUUCAAUUCCAAAAGUAGCUGACCACCUGAAGAAUUUAGUAGUUUGAAAAUUAAUCAAUUAGAAUUUACUAAUUAAACUGAUAUGCUUGUAGAUCAUGAAUUCACUAUAGGACAAUAUAUAUGUCGUGUUAUUCUCUAAGAAGAAGAAGAAUAAGAAGUAUGACCGUCUGCAUGCCAAGGCACUCGACAGCGUGCACAAUGCAGGAGAUCGAAAACCCUGCUCGGAAAAGGUAGACGCUGAGAACCCAUGACAGCAGAGAUAGCAGGUAUUCCUCUUUCAAGAGCAAACUGAACUUGUGCUUCAUGUUCGUCUUUUGGUGCGAAAGACAUUGUAAGAACAUCUUUUUCGAAUAGGUAACCACCAAAACUUGCAACGCCACACCCCACAUCCAAUAUAACUCUAGUAUGCUUUCCCCAUGCUAUGUUAGGUACUGCCUGCAACCACCAACGUUAAUGAAUAGAAAUUGACACUUCAAUUUAUUAUUAGUUUUGUAUGAGUUCAAGAAUACAUAAUUACCUGCUGAAGAAACUCAAUGUAAUGAAGUGCUCCAUGUAUGAACUGAGUGCCACCACCUGGGAAUGUCAAGAACUCACCUGUCACCUUAACCCAGUUCUGGUGUCCCUUCACUUCUGCUAAUUUUGUAUGAGGCACAUUAUGAUACCAUAUCUGCAAUGUGAGUGAAAAGGAAAUUUAUAUAUACUGAGGCAUGGUUUAGCUCUUUCAACAGUACAAUUUGAAUCAAGUGUGCAGGUUAAGUCCAAUGCAGUAAUUACCUUAUCUCGGCUUGAAGGCCAUGAGAUAGGUCUUUUGUAACCCUCCGGAAGUCGGACCAAACAUGUGGGUCCCUCUUCAGGGCAAUGCCUCUCUCGAUGCUCAAAGUGCCCGGUAGUCCUUAGUUGCUUUAGUGCCUUCUCGUUAUCCAAACAAGAUACCUGCUUCCGAGUUUCUGUGCGCUUCUCCUUCUCAUGUUCUCCGCCACCGCCAGUUUCCGGCUUAUUCUGAUCAUUAGCAUUUGUUUUAGGAUCAUCAGCAUUUAUAAUGGCAUCAGCAGGAAGAUCACCAGGAUUAUCUUCAAAAGGAGAAGUCGCGACUUUGGCGGCGCGAUUGGUGGUUUGUGGUGGAAUAACAGAGGUUGAAGUUAGCAUCCACACACCAAUGACACAUACUGCUAUAAAUGCUAUAGUAGUAAUGGUCGAUGUGUACGAAGACGAAGAGCUACGUUUACUAUUACGUGACCUGCUCAGAGGCAUUUUUAUAUUUUCUUCAACCUAUUUUUGAUUUUUGGGUUUUGUUUAUUUUGUUUGAUUAAGGUAAGAGGAGUUGUGUUUGAAGAAAAAUAUGUGAAAGUGGAAGUGAAAGUGGUUAGAAAUGAAUUGAGAAAAUGGUAAAAAGCAAAGGUGAGAAAUUUUAGGUGUGGUUGUGGAUUAAGUGUUUUUAAGACAACUAAAGAAAUGUUCCAAUGUAAAAGUUUCUCAAAGAUCCUAAGAAUUAGGAAGAAUUUGUUACA